AUGGCCGGGGGCGGGGUGCUCCCCUCCCUGCCCACACUGACUGUACUCAUUCCCCUCCUGUCCCUAGCAGGCUUGUUUUACUCAGCCAGUGUAGAUGAAAACUUCCCACAUGGCUGCACCAGCACAAGCAGCCUCUGCUUCUACAGUCUCCUCCUUCCUGUUACAAUACCGGUUUACGUGUUCUUCCAUCUAUGGACCUGGAUGGGGAUUAAGCUUUUUAGGCACAACUAAGUGCAGUGCCCACUAAUGUUAACUCCUGGGCUUCUCUAAAGCAACACGGUUCAUUUAAUAUCAGGUGUUGCAGUUGAUAUGAGGGAGUUCCCCUCAGGCACUGGUGGCUGUCAUCAUUUUUCUGGCGGUAUCUAGAACUGUGUGAAGUCCUCUGCAGCAGCCUGUACUUAAUUACUGCUAAGGCAGGUAAAGAGGAGGAGUAACAAAGCACUAAUUACUUCUAGUGUAUCCUUUCAAGAGCGUUGUGCGUUUGUAGUGGCACUGAUGAAAAUUCUCUUGGUGGUGAUUGUUUUUAUGAGGAAUAACUAUACCCUGACUGAAAUAACUGCUCUUAAAUAAGGAAUGACAACAUGUGGAGAUAUGAAUCUCUCUUUGAAUUACGAGCUUUGGGUUUGUUUUCAACCAAUGGGUGUAUUGAAAUGUAUUUGUCUCCCUGUCAGAAGAAUGUGAAAUAAAUUAGGCCGAUAUUUAAUAACAAAACUUGACUUAAAUUAAGACAUUUGCUUGGAUAAUACCCAUGAAGUCAUUUACUUGGAUAAUCCAGUGACUGCUAGAAAUAACAACCCUGCAGAAAAGAUGUAGUUGUACAUUUG